AUGUCAUCCGUAUUAAAAUCAAAUAAUUCAGAAAUUGACGAUGAGCGGCUUGCGUUUUUCAUGGCCCCAUUCCGUAAAGACCGAAGCACUAAUCCACUUUCGUGGGACAGUAAAAUGAAAUUUUGGGCCGAUAGCAUCAGAGAUUAUUGCCUAAAAAAUAGACAACUUGUUUUCAACGCUAAAAGUCUACCGGAGAAGUUGAAGAAAAAUUCGUCUGUUCCCCAAUGCUUGAAUGUUGUUCUACAUGAAAUGUUAAGAAAUCGAUCACUUCAAAGUCUGUCAGACUUUAGCUCAGCCUGCAACACUGGCUGGCUCUCCUGGACCUUCAACUCAUUAGUCACAAAACCAGUUAAAUGGGGUUACAAUACGUUUCUAAAAGGAUCAUUAUCAUGGGUGUACAGUUGGGCGACAGGUGGUGAUGGUAAUGAUGGUUAUGUGUUUGAUCUCUACAGUCAUCAAAGAAGAUUGCCCGAUGAAGAAUUUGUUCUAGUCGAUCUAGUUAAGGAAGCUGCUAGUAAUGUAUAUGCCCACCACAAUAAUAACGUCAUGUAUGACGUAACGGACAAUGUCGUCAGCUACGACGUACUGCAACGACAAUGUCAUCAUAUCUGCUCCGAUGAGAAAUCAUUCGAGGUGGCCAUUUUAGAGUUGUGCAGGCAGAAGUUGUGCUGUGUAAAAGUGAAUGCCGACGGUGAUAAGGUAUUAAUUUUUAUAUUUGAAUAA